CACUUGCUGAGUGCUUUAAAAACCCUAACAGCAUUUUAACUGCAUUACAUGAGUUAACUUGUUUACUCCUACACAACCCAACAACAGAAUGACUGUCAUACCCACUUUACGUGAGAAAAGGCCGGUUCAAGGGAAGGUAAAGACUAAAGCUGCACAGUUACAGCCAGCAGAGGCCAACCUAGACCUUGAUCCUGGACAGUCAGCCAUCCGAGGCUGCUCAGCUCUCUUCUCCUUCAUGAGCACUGAUACCUUGAGCAUUCUCUUGGAGGGACAGGAAAUAAAUUGAUAGUUCCAAUAGCUGAGACAUAGGGUUUCUUCAAGCUAUACUGCCAAGAAUCAUGAGCCUGUGUUCCCUUUGAUUGUGUGCAUCUCUCUCUCUCUCUCCCCCUCUCUCCCUCUCUCUCUCUCUCUCUGUGUGUGUGUGUGUGUGUGUGUGUGUGUGUGUGUGUGUGUGUGCGCGCGCGCGUGUUUGUGUGGGUGAGACGGGCAUGAACAUGAACACAUGGGCGUGCCAUGCCACACAGAGGAGGACAGUCUGGGGUGUUGGCCCUUGCCUUCCACCUUAUUUGUGACACAGUGAGACAUAGUCUUUUUGUCAUUUUUUGCUGUGUGGGCUGACAACCUGCCGAUGCUUCUAUGGCUUCUCUGCCUGUGCCUCUCAUCCCACUGGGGAUAUACUGGGAUGGCAGACAUGUUACUGCACUAGUUUUAUGUGGGAGCUCAGAUCCUCACUUGUAAAUGGCAAGUGCUACCACUGAGCCAUCUCUCCUGCCCUAUGCCCCCCACCACAGUUGUCACCUCCUACCCUUUCCUCUCUUCUAAACUUGGAUCUAUAGGGCUGGUCACUUAGGAACAGGCACAGCUGCAAGCUAGGACAAGCCUCUACUCUGUCAUAUGUCAGAUAUAACCAUUUCAUUAUGACCCAGAGAGCAACUACCAUGGUAAAACAAAAACAAAAACAAAACAAAACAAAACAAAUACAGGUAGAAGCCAGGCAAUCAACUCCCUCUUUGAUUCCCACUUAAAAGCCCUGAAGCUGAGUCCUCACUAGGCAUGACAUCUUAGGACUCGACAUUAACCUGGCUCUAUUUCCAGUUCUGUCUAGACGCUGAUGUGGUGCAGCUAAAUAAUCUAGCGCAGAAUCUACUAGGAUAUACAUUGUGUAAUAGACUUGAUCUCACUGUGUCCAGUGGGCAAGAAGAGAGAGAUUUCCUUGGCUGGAAAUUCUGCUGAGUGGCAUUUUCUACCCACUUGGAUGGAAAGCUGACUCCAGAAUAUUCUAGAAAAGAUACUGACUCUAAAAUACUCUUUUCCAUGUAUCCAGCGGCUACUGCUCCAGUAGCCUGUAUGGCUGCCUAGUCCUUAACACAAGUUGCUGAUUUCUGUCGUUCACUUGUCUCAGAUACUCUCACUUCUUGACAAGCCGAGUUCCUUAAUGUCAAUUCAGAAAUAUCUCUAGCUAGGUCCUUCCCUACCACUCAGUCUAGCCACGCACUGGCCUCUUGCUUCCAUGUUCACGAUCUCACUUCACAUCUAUUUUUAGUUUUCCUGGCUUAAGCUUCUUCAGGCCACUGAAACACAACCCUCAUUCUCUUUUUCUCCUCUGGCAAGCCUGCUGCUGGUAGGCACCCCCAGGUAGAAGCUGCGUCUAAAUCCUUUAUUGCCUCUUCCUCAGGAAUACCUAUUGCUCUAGGGUCAUAGUUCACCUAUUUAAGCUGGUCAGAGGCCAGCCAAUUUUCUGAUAGGAUUUAAACUUUGAAGAGACUGUAGCCAUUUUUUUCCUCAGAUGACAGAAUCACUUCAACUUCCACUUUGUAAUCGCUUCCUUUCCUUGAAGGUAGCUGAAUCUUGUUUUCUUUAAAAACGUCUUCCUUCCAAAGUUGCCUGCCAUGCCGACCGUUAUUAGUCCAACUGUGGCCCCAAGGACAGGAGCUGAGCCCAGGUCCCCAGGGCCAGUUCCUCACCCAGCUCAAGGCAAGACCACUGAGGCUGGAGGUGGACACCCGGGUGGCAUCUAUUCAGCCAUCAUCAGCCGCAAUUUUCCGAUCAUUGGUGUGAAAGAGAAGACAUUCGAGCAGCUCCACAAGAAGUGCCUAGAGAAGAAAGUUCUUUACCUGGAUCCCGAGUUCCCACCGGAUGAGACCUCUCUCUUUUACAGCCAGAAGUUCCCCAUCCAGUUCGUCUGGAAGAGACCUCCGGAAAUUUGUGAGAAUCCCCGAUUUAUCAUUGGUGGAGCCAACAGGACUGACAUCUGCCAAGGAGAUCUAGGGGACUGCUGGUUUCUUGCAGCCAUUGCCUGUCUGACCCUGAAUGAGCGACUGCUUUUCCGAGUUAUACCUCAUGAUCAAAGUUUCACUGAAAACUACGCAGGGAUCUUCCACUUCCAGUUCUGGCGCUAUGGAGACUGGGUAGAUGUGGUUAUUGACGACUGUCUGCCGACAUACAACAACCAGCUGGUCUUCACCAAAUCCAACCACCGCAAUGAGUUCUGGAGUGCUCUACUGGAGAAAGCAUAUGCCAAGCUCCAUGGUUCCUAUGAAGCUCUGAAAGGUGGGAACACCACAGAAGCCAUGGAGGACUUCACAGGAGGGGUGACAGAGUUUUUUGAGAUCAAGGAUGCUCCGAGUGACAUGUACAAGAUCAUGAGGAAAGCUAUCGAGAGAGGCUCCCUCAUGGGCUGCUCCAUUGAUGAUGGCACCAACAUGACUUAUGGAACCUCUCCUUCUGGUCUGAACAUGGGGGAAUUGAUUGCGCGGAUGGUGAGAAAUAUGGAUAACUCGCUGCUCAGAGACUCAGACCUGGACCCCAGGGCCUCAGAUGACAGACCGUCACGGACAAUUGUUCCGGUGCAGUAUGAAACAAGAAUGGCCUGUGGACUGGUGAAAGGGCACGCCUAUUCAGUCACUGGGCUGGAGGAGGCCCUGUUCAAAGGCGAGAAGGUGAAGCUGGUGCGGCUGCGGAACCCCUGGGGCCAGGUGGAGUGGAACGGCUCUUGGAGUGAUGGUUGGAAGGACUGGAGCUUUGUGGACAAAGACGAGAAGGCCCGUCUGCAGCACCAGGUCACCGAGGAUGGAGAGUUCUGGAUGUCAUAUGAUGACUUUGUCUACCAUUUCACAAAGCUGGAGAUCUGCAACCUCACAGCUGAUGCCCUGGAGUCCGAUAAGCUUCAGACCUGGACAGUGUCUGUAAAUGAGGGCCGCUGGGUGAGGGGCUGUUCUGCUGGAGGCUGCCGGAACUUCCCAGACACUUUCUGGACCAACCCGCAGUACCGUCUCAAGCUCCUGGAGGAGGAUGAUGACCCUGAUGACUCUGAGGUGAUUUGCAGCUUCCUCGUGGCUCUGAUGCAGAAAAAUCGGCGCAAGGACCGGAAGCUGGGGGCCAACCUCUUCACCAUUGGCUUCGCUAUCUACGAGGUUCCCAAAGAGAUGCACGGGAAUAAGCAACACCUGCAGAAGGACUUCUUCUUGUACAAUGCCUCCAAGGCCAGGAGCAAAACCUACAUCAACAUGCGGGAGGUGUCCCAGCGCUUCCGCCUGCCGCCCAGCGAGUAUGUCAUUGUCCCCUCCACUUACGAGCCCCAUCAGGAGGGGGAAUUCAUCCUCCGGGUCUUCUCUGAAAAGAGGAAUCUCUCUGAGGAAGCUGAGAAUACAAUCUCUGUGGACCGGCCAGUGCCACGGCCUGGCCACACAGACCAGGAGAGUGAGGAGCAGCAGCAAUUCCGGAACAUCUUCAGGCAGAUUGCAGGCGACGACAUGGAGAUCUGUGCGGAUGAACUCAAGAAUGUCCUUAAUACGGUGGUGAACAAACGUGAGCGACUCGCGCCAGACGUGGGGGAUGGGCAGGGGCCCCAGCUGUCUGAAAGCAGCUCCUCACCCUUCUCCAUCCCCCCAGACAAGGACCUGAAGACACAAGGGUUCACUCUGGAGUCCUGCAGAAGCAUGAUAGCUCUCAUGGAUACAGAUGGCUCUGGGAGACUGAAUCUUCAAGAGUUCCAUCACCUCUGGAAAAAGAUCAAGGCCUGGCAGAAAAUCUUCAAACACUAUGACACUGACCAUUCUGGUACCAUCAAUAGCUAUGAGAUGCGAAAUGCAGUCAAUGAUGCAGGCUUCCAUCUCAACAGCCAACUCUAUGACAUCAUCACCAUGCGCUACGCAGACAAACACAUGAACAUCGACUUUGACAGCUUCAUCUGCUGCUUCGUCAGGCUGGAAGGGAUGUUCAGAGCUUUUCACGCAUUUGACAAGGAUGGAGAUGGCAUCAUCAAACUGAACGUACUUGAGUGGCUGCAGCUUACCAUGUAUGCCUGAACCAGAUGACCUCAUGUAAGAUCAACCAGGAUUCCAUCUCAACACGACACAGCUAGGGCUGUUUACCACAAGGAACCCAGUAGGCACACCUCCACCAAACUGGGCUCCUGGUCACGUUCCUUCUCCACUUUGACCCAAGUCUUGGUGCACAGCCACCUCAAGUGUCUGGCUUGCUGGGAGCUCUGCAGACGCUGUCUACAUAGCUUGUAACUGGGUUGUCCACAGCCCUGUCACCAUCUGCACUCAGUUCUGCCAGUUUUAGGGUGGGUCUACUCUGGGGUCCAUAGGGUGUGGAUACCUGACAAAAAUGUGGCUACAUUCUGAAAGAAUCUAUCUAAAUAAAGGCACGCACAUGGCUGGUUCCACCAUUCUCCUUAUUAGUUCUUUCCAGCCACAGCAGGACUUUUGUGUCUUCCAGUCAUACUUUCAUGUAUCACCUCCACAAAGAUCUAGUUUGGGGACAGAGAGACGGUUGAGUAGAUACAGGUCGUCACAAGCAUGAGGACCCCAGUGCAGAUCCCUAAAAGCCCAAUGUGGUGGCUUACACCUAUGAACUCCAGUACUGGAUGGCAAUGACAAGAGGAGUUUUGCAGGCCUGCUGGCCAGGCAAGACAAAAGGAUGAAGUUUGGUGAGAGAGAGCCUGUCUUAAGGGCAAAAAUGCUGAGUUUGGAUCCCCUGCACCCACAUAAAUGCACGUAUCUGUUGGAGUAAUCACCUGCCUGCAAUCCCACUGCAAGGGGCCAGAGAAAGAUCACAGACACAAACCAACUAGCUAGACUAAGACCUGGGCCUGUGUCCAAGGUACAAAGUGAUUGACCUGACCUCCACAAGCAUGCACACAAACAUAGAGGAAAUACUUGUUGCAGUAACCUCUCCUACCCGACAAGUACAAGCUAGCGUCUGGAUUGGGCAGAUCUACUGCUAUACUAUCCUAUUCCCCAGCUCCAAAAUCCCUCAUAACAUGGAUUUUCCAUGCCAAGUCUUCAGCUCCCUCUUCCUCCUUCUCUCUCCUCCUCUCCAACUUCCCUUCCCCUGCCCAAAUCAUGCGCUCUCGCUUUUAUUUUACAAAUCAAAUGGGGUAAGAUUCUGAUAAGGUCACCUGAGUCCUGAGUACUUGACUAGGCAGCAGUCCUCGGGGCAGCAGAAUUAGCAUCAAAAUACAGACAACUCCAGGGCAAACCACAACACCCAAGUCAAUCUGACCUACACUCUGGCACAUAUCACAAAGAAAACCCUUUUUAGCCUAUGUGCAUACCUCGUCCUGUCAGGUCUGGUGCUCAGAAGGCGGCAUCCAAUUCCCUAGAAGUGGGAGCCAGCGAUGGCUAUGAGCACCCUGUGGGUGCUGGGAGCCAUACCCAGGUGCUCUGGAAGAGCAGCCUCUAAGCCCCAACAAUCCCUCCAGCCCCACCACUUCUCGUUCUUGAGUAGAGAUCACCCAGACCUUUUCCAAGAUCACUGGUGUAAAACACACACCAAUGGGGGUAAAUUAUUAUGUGUGAAAUCAAGAAAUAGACAAAUUUAAGAUCAAAUUAAUGGAUAACAGGUCCAGCAACCAGAGGGCGAUGCAGGAGAUGUGAUUUUCUUUCUCAUCCUAGUUCCUCUGCUCACUGACAUUAAACAAACCCCUUAGCCUCCCUCGGGUGGGUCUAUGGCACAUACACAAACACCUUUCCUGACUACUGCCUUGUUUUUUAUGCCCAAAUGAAAAAGACAAAUCAUGAAUAUGCAGACACAUAACAAAAUGAACACUUAGUAAAAGUACUUUAUUUUCUUCUUGUAUUUGCUUUAUAUCUCACUUACAAAGUUAUGAAGUUUACAGCUUUUAUACCAAAAUGUAAGAAGGCUGUUUAGAAAUAUCUUUGCAGUCAAAUGUCAUCUGACAUUUCUUCUAAUCCACAUUUAACAUUGAAAAACCAAGGUUCUGGGUAUCCACCUCCCCUAACAGCCUUUCCUUCUCCACUCUGCCCCCACUGGGCUACUCCUGGGCUGGGCUGGGCCAUGUCUUUGGGGUUAGAGGAGAUAAGUGGUAGAUUUAGUUUACUCAAGAUUUCAUACUAUUUGCAUAUGGGACCAAGCGAGACCCACCACAGCUUCCUCCUUUCCUACCUAUCAGGCCAACUCCCUCAAAUCCAAGGUUCUCAAUGAUAGGACAUGGAUGAAACCACCACAAGUAUGGCAAGUAGUCUUUAGAAUAAUUCUAGAACUCUCCUUGAAGCAACAGGAACAAAUUUGCUAAGUAAGCAUUUGCGAAUUUAAGCAAACCUACUUCCUGUUCAAACCCCACUUUACAAUGAAUUUCAAAAUCCUCCUCAAUGAAUUAUCUUCCAUAAAAUUAUCUCCCAUAUCAUUCUUUAAGUGUGCACCUACACUCAGCAACUCAGCCACAUGCCCAUGUCCCCAAGUUGUGCCAUGAUAAUCUAACAGAAAAACAAAAAAACC